GAGGAGUAGCCUGUACACACCGCUGAAACACCACCCACACCUUCACCUUUGCGCACACACUUAUGGAACUGGGCUGGUAUACAGCUACCCAUCUAACAGUUAUUCUAAAUCUAGAAUACCCUUAGUAAGAUACGCAUUCCGGCGCCAAGGAAUUGCUUCAUUUAAAUUUAAUUACCUGGCAAUGAUCCAAUCGAACUGUCUAUUUUUCUGGUAGAGUUGGGUACAGAAAGCGGGAGGCAGAAAGGGGGCGGCCCCUUCCCAAAAAAAGAGAUUUUCCAUCUGUAUUGCGAGGUUGUGUUGCGCUCUUCUCACACGUGACGAAACUUUAAGGCUGGAAUUUGGAGGAUUUGAGUGCUGCUGCGUUUUGAUACGGCAUUUCUAGAGGAUACAGACAUGGGAGAAAUAAAUCAGAGUUCAGGACUCCUGUGGGUUGCAGUCGUUUCACUGACCGUAUUUGUUCGGGUGGGAUUUUCCGAGGACUACCAAGCCCGUGUGGGACCCCGGAACAACCUUUUUCUUCAGAGGGUGAAACGUCAGAGCAGGUCAGCCAGACCGGAGCUGAAGGUGACAGAUUUCCACGUGCGCUGCUCGGUGGUUUCCCGCUACGCGGCCACCAGCGUUCAGAGCUCCGUGUGGAACACGCUGCCCGUGACCAAGGAGGCUGCCUUCGAAGUGGACCUGCCCUCCGCCGCCUUCAUCUCCAACUUCAGCAUAACCUCCAACGGGAAGGUGUACGUGGCGCAGGUUCAGGAGAGGAGCGCGGCCAAGAAGAUUUACGACGCGGCCAAGAAGAGAGGGAAGACCGCUGGGCUCGUGGCCACCAAGGAACGGGAGGUGGAGAAGUUCCGGGUGGCGGUCAGCGUGCCGUCGGGCGAGCGCCUGUCCUUCUCCCUGACCUACGAGGAGCUGCUGUCACGGCGACUGGGCCGGUACCAGCUGGUGCUGGGGCUGCGGCCCGGGCAGCCCGUCCAGAACCUCACGCUGGAGGUGAGCGUGGCGGAAAGAUCCGGAAUCAGCUUCAUACGCGCCCUGCCCCUCAGAACCAACCGCCUGCUCUCCAACACUGUCUCAGGUGAAGCGGAGGCUCCUCCAUCCACUCAGGUGGUGCAGACACCUCGCUGCGCCCAGGUGCGCUACACCCCGAGCCUCCAGCAGCAGACCAGCUUGUCCCCCAAGGGCCUGAACGCAGACUUUGUCAUCGAGUACGACGUGGAGCUCAAUGACCUCAUGGGGGACGUCCAGAUUUACGACGGGUACUUUGUGCACUACUUCGCCCCACGGGGACUUCCUGUCGUGCCCAAGGAUGUCAUCUUCGUGAUUGACAUCAGCGGGUCAAUGACCGGCACCAAAAUUAAGCAGACGAAGCAGGCCAUGGCCACAAUCCUGACUGACCUGCGGGAGGGAGACCACUUCAACAUCAUCACCUUCUCAGACAAGGUACACACCUGGAAGAAGGGGGAGGCGGUGCAAGCCACGAGGCAGAACGUGCGCGAAGCCAAGGAGUUCGUCAAGAAGAUCAGCGCGGACGGGUGGACCAACAUUAAUUCGGCUCUGCUCUCGGCGGCCCAGCUGGUGAACUCCGCCUCGUCCCGAGCGGGCGCGGGGCGGUCGGGGGUCCGGCGCGUGCCGCUGGUGAUCUUCCUGACGGACGGCGAGGCGACCACCGGCGUGACGGCGGGCGAGGCCAUCCUGCGGAACGCGCGGGAGGCGCUGGGCCCCGCCGCGCUGUUCGGCCUGGCCUUCGGCGACGACGCCGACCUGCCGCUGCUGCGCCGGCUGGCCCUGGAGAACCGCGGCGUGGCCCGCACCGUCUACGAGGACGCCGACGCCGCGCUCCAGCUCAAGGGCUUCUACGACGAGGUGGCCAGCCCCCUGCUCUCCGACGUGCAGCUGGCCUACCUGGACGACCGGGCCUUCGACGUCACCCGCGCCCUCUUCCCGCACUACUUCCAGGGCUCGGAGCUGGUGGUGGCGGGCCGGGUCAAGCCGGGGGUGCGUGACCUGAAGGUGUCGCUGACGGCCAGCGACUCCACCCGCAGGCUGCGGCUGGAGAACGACGUGGCGGCGGGCGGCGGCGGCGGCGGGCCCGAGGGAAACGGCACGGCCGACUGGCUGGCCUGCCCCGGCGGCGCCGACGGCAUCUCCAGCUUCGUGCGCCGCCUGUGGGCCUACUUCACCAUCAAAGAGCUCCUCCAGGCCAAGCUCAACAGCACCGACCCCCCCACGCAGCGCCUCCUGGGGGAGAAGGCCACCAACCUCUCCCUCAAGUACAACUUCGUCACCCCCGUCACCUCCCUGGUGGUGGUGAAGCCGGACGCCGACGAGGUGACCCCCAGCUCCACCCCCAGUCCCUCCUCCACCGCCGCCACGACCCCGGCCCCCACCACCCACACCACCACCACCAUCGCCGCCACGACCGCGGGCCCCACCACCACCCACCACCACCACCACCUCUGGCAGGACCGCCACCACGGCAGCCCCCACCAUCGCCACCACCACCUCCGGCACGACCGCCACCACGGCAGCCCCCGCCCACGUCCCCCCAAAAAGUCCGCCUCCACCUCCGGCCCCCGGCCCCGCAAAACCAAACAGGGAGCGGCCCCAACACCAAGCGGCCCCCCCACGCCCCCCCCAGUGGGAUUCAUACCACGGGGCGCCCCCUGCAGCCCCCCCAUUCCGGCAGGCUUUCCACCACCCCCAGUACCGGCAAAGCCACUGCUCCCCUACCGCCCAAAAAAGCACGGCCGCCCCUCCUCCUGCGUCCGUCAGAACUGCUGCUUCGCCCAUCUCUGGGAAAGCCUCCACCCCGCCCCCAGCUCUGACAAAACAGUGCCCCCUCCCCCAGUUCUGCUAAAACACCCCCCAACCCCUGCUGCGCUUCCCCCCAUCCCGUCCUCCCCUCAGCCCGAAGACGGGACCGCGUCCCCCACCGACGCCCGGCACGCCCAUCUCACCACGCUGGUCCUCUCCGGCCACGCCCCGGCCACGCCCCUGCCCGACGCCGAUCCCGGCACCGCCGAGGUGGCCACUCUGAUCAGCGGCACCUUCGUGCCCAUGCCGGGGGCCACCGAACCCCCCAAACCAUGGGAGGCAGCCGGGCCGCCGGAUUAUGAAGCAAACUAUGAGUACGACUAUGACAUCAGUUAUGACACCCUCGACAGCCAAUUCAGGACGGGUUCCCUGAAUGUCGUUGCCUCCUCAGAUUAUGAAGCAAACUAUGAGUACGACUAUGACAUCAGUUAUGCCACCGCCGACAGCCAACCCAGCAGGGCCUCCCAGAAAAUCUUUGCCUCCUCAGUGGAUGGAGACCCCCACUUUGUGGUCUGGAUCCCCCAAUUGGAUGAGAGCCUGUGCUUCACCGUGGACGGACGAGCCAAUGACGUGCUGCGCCUGCUGGAGGAUCCAGAGAAAGGCAUUAUCGUGGACGGCCACCUGACAUACGCGCCCUCGAAGCACGGGUUCGAGGACCAGAGCCGCACCUACUUCGACCAGCUCACCAUCUCCGUCCCCACAGGCGGGGGCGUGGUCGUCAGGGUGACGCUCGACUCCGUGGUGCUGGAGGGGGAGGGGCGGGAGCUGCUGCCCACGGAUAGGCCGGGUUCAGUAGCGAGGCAGGGCCUGAGGGUUGCCGUGGACGACCACCUGCGCUGCUGGGUGGAACUGGGCUGGGGCCUGCGUUUCCUCAUCCUCUUCCACCACUACAAGCACCCCACCUACCUCCAGAUCGCUCACGUGGGCUUCUACGUGGCCGAUGGGCGGGGACUGUCCCCCCUCACACAGGGGCUUCUGGGCCAGUUCCAGCAUGCUGACAUAGAGGUCACCAAUGUUCGUUCUGUGGGCUCGGCCCCCCCGGCCCAGGACACUGGGGGGAGGCACCUGGCGGAGGGUGUGCUGUGGAUCGGGGGGGUGCGCGGGAGAGCGCACGUGCCCGUCAGCCUGCAGGAGAAGCACCUGAAGAACAGUGUGCACAAGCGCCACCUGGGCACCUGCUGGGUGGUGCCCAAGGCACAGGUGGAGGCCAUCCUGGGCCACUCUUACGAGAGCUAUGUGGUGGAUCAUGUCUGAGAGAGAGAGAGAGAGAGAAAGAGAGAGAGAGGAACUGGCAGCGUGAUUUGGGGUCACUACACUCCUGCCUCUGUACAUGUGAACAUGUGACUACUCCCCUGCAGUAGCCACAACCUGCUUAUAUAUAUAUAUAUAUAUAUAUAUAUAUAUACAUAUAUAUACACACACAUUACAUUUCCAAAAGUAUGUGGACACCCCUUCUACUCUGCCUUCUCAGCCACACCCAUUGUUAACAGGUGCAUAAACAAUCGCCAUUGACAAACAUUGGCAGUGGAAUGGGUCGUACUGUACAGCUCAGUGACUUUCAACGUGGCACUGUCAUAGGAUGCCACCUUUCCAACAAGUCAGCACGCCAAAUUUCAGCCCUGCUAGAGCUGCCCCAGUCAACUUUAAAUGCUGUUAUUUUGAAAUGCAAGCCAGUUAAGUUCUUCUACAUUGUUCUUGACAAAACCAUUUCUAUAUGGACCUUGCUGUGUGCUUGGGUGCACUGUCGUGCUGAAACAGGAAAGGGCCUUCCCCAAACUGUUGGGGAAGCACAGAAUGGUGUAGAAUGUGAUUGUAUGCUGUAGCAUUAAGAUUUGCCUUCACUGGAACUAAGAGGUCUAACCCAAACCACAAAAAACAGCCCCAGACCAUGGAGUGUCCAGAUACUUUUGGUCAUAUAGUGUAUAAAUCUAACAUGUAAAUACAGUGAGCUCCAUAAUGUUUGGGACAAAGACUCUUUUUAAAAAAAAAAUUUGCUGCUGUACUCCACAAUUUUAUCAAAUAAUUUGGUUGAAGUGCAGAUGCUCAGCUUUUAUUUGGGGUAAUUUGGUUUCAUCAUGUAGAAAUCACAGCACCUUUUAUGCAUAGCUCCCCAUAUAUAUAUAUAUAUAUCCAAAAGUAUUUUAACAGUAGAGUGAAAUUUGUUAUUUUUGUUUUCCACUUAAAUCACUUGGAUUUAAGAUCAAAACGCAAAUAUGCUUUUAUUUCGUGGUAUUUUCAUGAGUAUAUGUUCUACCAUUUUACAGAAACAGCUGUAUUUGUGUCGAGUCCCCACAUUUUCAGCUGUGCAAAAGUGAGUUAAUGGAUGACGGACAGGUGUUGCUCAGGUGUUUCCUUUUGCAUGGAUGGUCCACACGUAAAGAGCAGCUGAGUAUCUGGUCGUGGUUUUAGCCUCUGUUUUCAUCUGUGGAGACUGCAUGCGGAUUCAGAGGCGUACUCAAUCGUGAAGACCAGAGGACUAACAAUGGCUGAAAAACAACUGAUCUGUAAACCGAGGUCAGAAGAAUCCAUGGAUAGAAGACAGGAUAGCACAGCAACUGGGUAUAUCAAGUACAGCAGUUUGGAAAAACUUGAAAAAGAAAGAAACCACUGGUGGGCUGAGAAAUGAACACUGUACCGGUCGCCAAAGAAGACAACUGCAGCUGAUGUCAGAAAUAUCCUAAGAGCUCUGGAGAAAAAACACGAAAACCACUGUUUCUGUGAAAAAGGUAAAACAUAUACACAUGCGAACACCGUGAAAUAAAAGCUGAUUGUCUGUAUCUUCGUCUCAUGUUCAUCUGUUGAUCUCAAGUCCAAAUGCCUUAAGUAUACACUCGAGUGUUACACCCUGUAUUUGGACAGCACUGUGUGUGUGUGUGUGUUUCGCUCUCUCUGGCACACGUGGGCCUUGAUUACACACUCUGCAUACGCCAAUCGUUUCCGUUUCCGUUUAUUUUUAUACUUUUUUGUAUAUUUUUUAAUAAGAUUUUUUUUUAAGUAAAAGAUGAGCAUGGUGUGUGUCGUGAAAAGACGUUCACAAUGGUAUGUGCUAUCUUCAGAAAAUCCAACCAGGCUAUUGCAUUGUUUUGUCAGUUACAUUUUACAUUGUAGAGUAAAAGUGUAUAUAUGUAUUUUACUUAAUAAAGACAUUUUUAUCAA